AUGAGUGUUGAAAACCCAUCAAAACAAAAUACUAAAGAUUUUCCUUUCCUUGAACCAAGGCCUAAAAAUUCAAUUAUGGACACUACAAGUAGCGCCUUUGCUCAAUCAAAAAUUCGCUCUGAAAUGGCUCAUGUUAAUAAAGAUCAAAACACUUCACCAAAACCAAAAGUUAAAGCAAGAUCUGUCAUUGAAUUUCCGCCACCACCACCACUGGUUGCCAAGUCACCAUUAAAUGGCUCUCCUAGAACUUCAUCUGAAGUUACGUAUCGCCAAUAUGACAACCGUACUGAAUUAACAAAUCAUAGUGAUCCAGCUAGACCACCUAAAAUUGCUGCUAGUGCUGUGAGAGAUUUCGAUAAUAUCAAUGCAAUAACGAAAACACCAAGAAAAGUCAGAAUUUCAACACAAUUAAACAUAUCUAAUUCCGAUUCAAGGAAUGAUAAAUUUCUUGAUCUUCGGAUUUCUAAUAAAUCACUCUUAACUCUUAUUGCUACACUCGAGUCCACUGUUAAAGAACAAUCCGAUAAACUUUCAACAAUACCAUCAUUUGAAGCAAUGGUAGAGACACAACAAAAACAAUUUGAACAUCUUAAUAAAGUUGAAGAACUAAUAACCACAUUAACGACUAAAAUGAAUGAACAAGAUAAUGAAAUCAAAACUAUAAAAAAUCAAGCACGAACUACAUUAUUUUACGAUCCAAAAUCUCUUCCAUUAAAAUCUCUUCCACAUAUGAUUUUUGACAGAGCACGUGAUGAUGUUACGAUUCUCUUCUCAGUGGUGAUAUCAUUACUUUAUACAGUUUAUAUAUUUCCUGUUAUUGUAAUAGCAAAAACAACCAUACAAAUAGCUGAUAAAUCCAGAGAAAGGUUUCAGGGAAUAGAAAAAUCAAGUUAA